CCGAAUCAUAAGACACCGUAACAUCGAGAAAUUGGAGUCGUCUCCUAAGUUCCGUGGCGUCAAAAAAAUGGCGUCGGGUGAUCGGAAAUCCCCAGAAGAACGAACGACUAAGCCGUUGUCUCCUCCGACUCCGAUCGUGCAGCAAAAUGGAACUCCGACGAGGCGUGUGCUGAUCACUUCCCUUUUAGCAGGUGUUAUUGGAGGAGGAGCUGGUUUAGUGUCUAAACACCGGAAAGCUCAUCCAAAUAUUCCUACUGUUUACGCUACUAAUUGUGCUAUUGUCGCCGGUUGCUAUUGCGGAGCUCGUGAGUUUGUGAGAAUAACUCGAAGAUCAGAGCACGAUGAUUUAAUGAACUCAGCUAUUGGAGGACUUUUCAGUGGUGCUUUGCUUGGAAGACUUCAAGGAGGUCCUCAGGGUGCGAUUCGCUACUCUCUAGUUUUUGCAGCUGUGGGCACAGCAUUUGAUUACGCUUCACUUAUAGCAAAACCAAUGUUAGAGAGCUACCGUAACAUGGAGUCAUUCAAGUUACCUGAAUGGUCUCCUAUUAGAAUCCUCGACGAAGAAGCCUUAGCAAAGAAGAAAGCUCAGGAAGAGAAGAUAUUCCCUGAAAGAGUUCUCGGCAAAUUGAACAAGGAAUAGUCUUGAGUCUUCACCAACUUAGAUUAUUUCUUUCUUCUGAGGUUUGCAUUCUUGUUUCUGGGUUUUGCUGUUUCGUGAGAGUAAUUCUAGACCUUUUAGAUAAGACUUGAGGAGGAUUUUGUUUCUUUUUUUUUUUUGAGUUGCCUCAGGGGAAAAAGAACUUUCUUUAGACACAAGAAAACGUCGUUAGUUGUAUUCUGACCUACUACCGACUACCGUAAGCGUAUUGAUAUACUUAUGGCAAAUAAAUGUAAAUGUGGCAAAGUAUUGGAAGGCUUAAGCUUCAUAUUGUUGAAUAAUUUGGGUGUUUUCUGUAUUUAUAAGUAUGUUACAACACUA